UUUUUUAUUCUUAUAGAGAGAGGGAUAAUACCCAAACCCGAAUUAUUAGUCUCACACGCUCCGAUUCGUUGAUUGCCAUCAACAAAAUCGACUUCACCGUCGGAAAUCAGGAUCAAACGUCCCAGACGAAACCCUAGAUGGAUCUCCUCAAACAAGAACUCCUCAAGAAACGCCAAUCCCUGGCUCAAGACACCGGCGGGAAACGAGUGUUCAAGCGAUCUGAAAUCCAACAGAAGGAAAUUCAAAAGCUCCGCGAACAAGAAAAACGCGAACUCGAAGCCAAAGCCCAACGCCAAACAGCAGCCGCUGCCACAAACACAACAUCCACUACAUCCAACUCCGCUUCAUCCACCGCGACAACAACAGCCACCACUUCCACAUCCACCGCCACCACAUCCAAAUCCCUAACCGACGAGCAAAAUAUCGAUAACCUUGUCCUCCCUAAACAAGAGGUCAUCCGCCGCCUUCGAUUCCUAAAACAGCCCAUCACUCUUUUCGGAGAAGAUGAUGCUGCUCGUCUCGACAGGUUGAAGUACGUUUUGAAGGCUGGAAUCUUUGAGGUCGAUAGCGACAUGACUGAAGGGCAAACCAAUGACUUUUUGCGUGAUAUUGCGGAGCUGAGGAAGAGGCAGAAGACUGGAAUUCCGAGCGAGAGGAAGAGAAAGGAUAGGGAGGAAGGAGGGGGAGAAGAUGGAGAGGUAGGGGAAGGAGAAGGAGAGCUGAGUGCCGAUGGUGGGUCCAGUGGGGUCGAUGCUGAUAAGGAUUUGAAGCGAAUGAAGGCCAAUUUUGAAGAGUUGUGUGAUGAGGAUAAAAUUUUGGUGUUCUUCAAAAGGUUGUUGAAUGAAUGGAAACAGGAAUUGGAUGAGAUGUCUGAAGCAGAGAAGCGUACGGCUAAAGGGAAGUCAAUGGUUGCUACGUUUAAGCAGUGCGCAAGGUAUUUGACUCCGUUGUUCAAGUUUUGCAGGAAGAAGGUGCUUCCUGAUGAUAUUCGCCAAGCCCUGCUAGUGGUGGUUGAGUGCUGCAUGAAGAGAGACUACCUAGCUGCCAUGGAUCAUUAUAUUAAGCUUGCAAUUGGUAAUGCACCGUGGCCAAUUGGUGUCACUAUGGUUGGUAUUCAUGAACGCUCAGCCCGUGAGAAGAUUUACACCAACAGCGUUGCCCACAUUAUGAAUGAUGAGACCACCCGCAAAUACUUACAGUCUGUUAAGAGACUGAUGACUUUUUGCCAACGGCGCUAUCCAACUGUUCCGUCUAAAGCAGUAGAAUUCAACAGCUUGGCAAAUGGCAGUGAUUUACAUUCUUUACUGGCAGAAGAGAGGUCUUCUGGCGGUAAUCAGGCUUCAGAUGGAAGGCUUAGAUUAAUGCCUGCUCCAGAAGAGAAUUAGGUAUUAAUUGUAUAAUAAUUUUCCUGUACAAUAUUAUAAUGCCACCAGUUGUUUAAUGCUUUGGAAUGCAUUGAGGUUACACACAUCUGAAACCUUGUCUCAGUUGUUAUUUAAGUUUAGCAAGGCUAAAGCAUUUGCUUGAAGUGAAUAUCAAGAAGUAGAGAAAAACACAGAAAGCAGCAUGAUGGGCAAUUUCUACAUUUUAGCUGGAACCAUUUAUGGAAUUUGAUGCUGGGUUUUCAGGGCAUUUUCUGUAUCCCCUGAUAUAAUUGGAAAUUCUGGGAUUGGCUCAUUUGAUGCCCUCCUUUCAUAAAAAUAUGUUAUAUGUAUAUUUUUAUGUGUCGUGAAUGCUCGCGCUCAAUGAUUGAUGAUGGGGAUACGCUGGAAUGAUUUUCAUGAAGCAUUCUUACUUUGGAGCA